AUGCAAGGUAGAGGUAGAGGUAGAGGUAGAGGUAGUACUGGUAGUAGUAAGGGAGGCAAUGACAAUGACAAUAGUCCAUCAAUAGACAAUGAUAAUGACAACAUGAACAUCGAUAGUACAGAAUCAGCUCCCACGACUGAGACGACUGAGACUACGACUGAGACGACAACAACAAAGACUGCAGUACCAACACAACAAGAGUUGGAUGAACUUAGGAGACGUAUAGAAUCACAGAUUGGCAAACAACAUGCAAAGUUGGCAACACAGCAACAGAGGCAGCAACAGCAGCAACAACAGCAACUUGACGAUGACUCACCUGACGACGAGAGAGAGAAUAUUAGCGAUGAGGUAAAGAACUACUUUGACCUCAGUGUGAAGAAGUCAAUGAACCCAAGCGCAUACAUCCGCAAGAAGUACGCCACCAAGCUACCCGAGUACAGCAAGGCGCCAAAGAAGAACAUACCCACCAACGUGUACUACGGCAUCAACUUCCCGGGCAACGUCGUCAACCCUGACCGCGCCGUCGAGAUGGUGGGCGGCCUGAACAGCAUCGCCAAGGUGUUCAAGUCGACCGAGCAGCAGUACCUCCAUCUCAAGUACCGCCCAGACUACCUCAACACCCGCGCGGCCUUUGGCGACCGCGUGCCCACGUGCCACAUGCUGCUGCGCGUCCGACCCACGCCGGCGCAGGACACCGGUGCGCCGGCCUCGUUCGAGUCGGACAUCAUCGCGGUCGUGCCCUCGACCAUUGAGUUCAACGGCAUGGCCGACUUCCAGUACACGGUGCGCGAGAAACAGACCGACGACCUGGCCGGCUCGUUCGCUGGCGAGACGCCCAAGGACAUGCGCGACGAGGAGCUCAACGUGAUCCCCUCGAUCUUCUCGCGUGUCGACAAGCCGCAGCCCUACCACUUCCGCACCAACCCGCUGGCAACAUUCGAUCCAGACACUCGCACAUUCAGCACCCGCAAGUCGACCUACACCAUCCACAAUCCGUUCAGCAUCAGGUUUGAAGAUGGCGAGGUGCCAAUCGUUGGUCGUCCAGUCCCACAGGGUCUCAUGAACGACAAGGUGUGUCGUGAGUCGCAUGCCAUACUUGUGGAGCUGCUGAAGGAGCGACCUUCAUGGCUAUCGAUCGUCCUCAAGGACCACUAUCAGAAGCGAGGCGGUCAUCUCAAGUUCUUUAUCAGGCUGCUAGGCACCAUCUCAUACUUAUUCUCAAACGGCCCAUUCAGGCUCACAUACUGUCGACUUGGAUAUGAUCCAAGGCAAUCACCAGCAUCAAGAAUGUAUCAAGUGUUUGAGUGCCGAUCAGACAAGAUAGACGUGUCAGCACCAGCACCGACACCAUGGAGACAUCGCAAGAACUUUGAGACUCCAAGACGAGGAUUCAAAGCCAAGAUGAACACAUUCACUCAUCAAGGCCCAGAGGCACAGAGCCAAACCGAGGGAUAUAUACCGCCACGCUAUGACUAUACAUAUACAGAGAAGCCAUUGAAGGGCUCUUAUUACUUCCAGCUUUGCGACUUGGGCGACGAGAAGAUGAAGCAGUACAUCAACAAUCAUCCUCUGAGUCCGAUAUGCGUGAAACAAUUUGGUUGGUUCAAUAAGGAUGACUGGGUAUGCAUCCAACAGCAACUCAAAUUGAAACACAAUAUGACAUUGUCCACCAAGGCCAAGAAGUUGAAGCCAGUGUUCUAUGGUGACAAUGCAAACAAUGGCAACAACAACAACAACAACAACAACAAUGGGAACAACAAUAAUGACAUGGACGAAUAUGGCAUGAUGGGCGACUCCAACUACUACGAUGACAAUGCCGACAAUGAUGAGGCCUUUGACGAGGACUUUAGACCCAUGGGCCAAAACCUCAUGUUCCAACUACAACAGGCUGCGAGAAUGGACACUGGUGGAGAGGAUGAAGCUUACGAACUGCUGGACCAGGACGAUGAUGACGAUGAAGAUGAUGGCGAAGGUCUUGGCUAUUCCGAGGAUGACGAUGACUUUGAAGACGAUAACGAAGAUGAUUAUGACGAAGAUGAUGAGUUUGAGUCACAACAACAAUCCAGGACUCAACCAAAAUAA